CUGCCCGCUUCCCCCUGGGGUGUGUUUCCCCUCUUCUCUUUAUCCAAUACUGGGUUCUGCAAAGAAACAAAUGAUAAAGGAGAAACGCAAGUCUCAUUGCCCUGGUUCAUAUUCCAGCUCUGCCACUACCCAGACUUGGGAAUCAGAGUAAUUUCAUUAUUUCUGAGCACUGGGUGUUUUUUAUGGAGGUUUGUUAUCCAUCUGUAAAAAUUUAAAAAAAAAAAAAAAAUCUGAUACCUUCUCCAGUUAAGGAGUAAGCAGAAAGCAUUCAUCACAGCGCCUGCCUCAGUAAAAUCUGUGACAGCUGUUAAGUGAUUGUUUGAAAAAGAAAACUAUGAAGAUGUGUUAUUUAUCAUAUAGAUACAAACAUGGUGACGAGUUAAAACUAUGGCUUGGACCAAAUGGAACAUAAUUCUCACACAUGAAAUGAAUAGCCUGUGGAAUGUAUUCUAUCCUCUCCUGGUUGCCAAGUACAUUCUGCCUUGUCCUCGGAAAAGGUGAUGUGAUGAUUCGUCUUUACGUCAAGUACAUCUGCCAAAUAAAUGAUUCCAAUAGAUUUUUUUUUUUUUAAGGCUAAGCCUGUUUGUUUUUUUGUUUGUUUGUUUGUUUGUUUUAUCGACUAUAGAGCCUUUGGGGUUUGAAGCCUCAUCUACCUCAAGCUCCACUCAGGGGACCCUGGAGGGAGGUCUACCGCGGCAACUAGCGGUCUAGAGCGGCAACCGCUGUGUAGCCGAGGGAGGGCAGGAACAUUCCUAUUGGCCAGUUCCGCGGCGCAGUGCGCAUGUCCAGUCCAAACCCGAGGUGACUGUCCAUUCCUAGAUACCGAUACACUGACGCAUCUUCCGCCUGAGCCCCGCCUUUCUGCCAUCCUAAGCCAGAGAAGAGCUGGUGGGGCAACCACGUGGGCAUCAGGGAAGCGGAAGUAAUCGAAUUUUGCGCAGCCGUAAAGCACAAUCUGUCGGACCACCUUCCGGUUAGCGACAACGGCCGGCUAGGACGCCAGUGCGAGCUUUCCUGUAUACCACAACUCGGUGGGACCCUCAGUUUUCCGCGCUUCGCCUCAGCUCUUCCUGUCGGCGCCCCUUCACCAAGAUCAUGUUCAAGAAAUUUGACGAGAAGGAGAGCGUUUCCAACUGCAUCCAGCUGAAAACUUCCGUUAUUAAGGGUAUUAAGAGCCAACUGACUGAACAGUUUCCAGGUAUGGAACCAUGGCUUAAUCAAAUCAUGCCAAAGAAAGAUCCCGUCAAAAUAGUGAGAUGCCAUGAACACAUGGAAAUUCUUACAGUCAACGGAGAAUUGCUGUUUUUCAGGCAGAGAAAAGGACCUUUUUAUCCAACACUAAGAUUACUUCACAAAUACCCGUUUAUCCUGCCACACCAGCAGGUCGACAAAGGAGCCAUCAAAUUUGUGCUUAGUGGUGCAAAUAUCAUGUGUCCGGGUUUAACGUCUCCUGGAGCGAAGCUCUACGAAGCUGCAGUAGAUACAAUAGUGGCUGUCAUGGCAGAAGGAAAAGAGCAUGCCUUGUGUGUCGGAGUCAUGAAGAUGGCUGCUGCAGACAUUGAGAAGGUCAACAAGGGGAUUGGCAUUGAAAAUAUCCAUUAUCUAAAUGACGGGCUGUGGCACAUGAAGACAUAUAAGUGAGCCUUAGACGCAAUACACUUGAGCUAAAUAUAAAUAUUGUGUUGUAUCUGUGUUUGUGUCCGUAUGUGAUAUCAUGAAGGCAAUGCCCCUGUGGUUAUGAAUAAAUUCAACAGAUACCUUUAAAAAACAAAAAGGGGGUGUUGUAACCACAGGAGAGAGCAGAAAUUGGCUAACAAGCAACCGCUUGCUGCACUUUGGAAUCUGACAGAAGUGGCCGCUUGCUGUGGCCUGGGGAAGGCUCCACCACCUCUCUGGGCUUCCUUAUUAGGAAAUUUGGAAGCAUACAGAGCAGGCCUGACAUCAAGGUCUCUACCAAGGUACUCGCAACCAGAGCAGCCUUCGAGAUUCCCUCUUGCCUCUUUUCCACAUCUCUGUCUUUUCUCCUCCCUUGCUUGUGAAAGGUCACCAGCAGUCCCCUUGAUUUCCUAAAAUUCUGAACUUGGUAGGAGUAGCAUUAAUUGGGAACCCACUGUGAUCUGGGCACUGUGAUGAGGGCAUUGUAAGAACAGACUUACUCCUCACAGCAGCCCCCUGAGGAAGGUGCUGUUGACCAUUUACAGAUAAGGAAACAAACUCUAAGAGGGGCUACCUCCCCACGAUCACCCAGCGUCAGGUGGCAGAGCUUAUGUCUCCAACACCCUGCAUUUUAUCUGGGCCUAUGCCCCCACCCCCUUUAGAAAAUUAAGAGGGUUGGAGAUGGCUCCAGUGAGCUCUCCCCAGCCUGAUACCCCUGCCAGUCUGACUGAGCUGAGGCUGAGCCCCUGGCCUGUCUGGCCAUGCCGGCAGCCAUGCCCUUUUCCAUCCAGGGGCUGACAGGUUGGGGGGACAGUCUCACUCUGGGGAGUGGACUUACCUGGCCUCUUU